GUCUUCCUCACGCAUCGAAGGCAGCUGUAGACUGUAGCCAUUGAUAGUGCUACCGCUAUUCAUUCUGCUAUUGGCCGAUUCGCUGGCAUUCAUGCCGGGCAUCACAGGGACACCACCAAUAUUCCUACCCCCAGAGAUGCCAUGUGCAUGGACGCCACCUUCACUCAAGGUGUCAACAAUGCCGUUUGUCUGUAGAUUGCCACCGCUGCCUGCUGGCUGCUGGCUGCUGCUGUCGGGCCCAUCUGCACGACACCGCUGCCAAGCUGUCCAAACUGGUAAGAUGAAAGGGCACGACGCGCACUGGAUGAGUCGAUGGAGUACUCGGACAUACGGCGCACAGGAACAGCGCCCGACGAGGGUCCGCCGCUGGUGGAGGUGCUGGGAAUGCCAAAGAGCCCCGCGCUACUUGCAGACGGGUGCAGCUGGUCGAGAGGUGAAAUGAGCUGAUUGUCCAUGCUGGCGAUCUGGUGGAUAUUUUGCAUGGAUAU